AUGAAACUGGUCGCAGGAACGCUCCACAUGGGCCUCCUCUUCCUCCGCCGCGCCGCGGCCUUCCACCGCCGCGCCGCGCCGCUCUGCCGGCGCGCGGUGCUCCGCCGCGCGUCGACGAAGCCCGUGGCCAUCGCCUACGACCUCGAGACGACGUCGGCGUGGCCCGCGACGGCCGAGGUCGUGCAGCUCGCGUUCACGAACGUCGCGAACAGCGACGAGCACUUCCAGGCGCUCGUGCUGCCCGAGGGCGGCGUCGACGGCGGGGCCGCGGCCGUCCACGGCUACACGAAGGCGAGCCUGAAGAAGAAGCGCGCGCUGCCCUUCGACGUCGCCUGGGGCAUGGCCAGGGACUGGCUCGACGCCGUCCGCGACGACCGGCCCGUCGUCCUCGCCGCGCACAACGGCGACCGCUUCGACCACCCGAUCCUCCGGCGGCUCGUGGCGAAGCACGCGGCCGAGGCGGACCUGGCGUCGGCGCUCUGGUUCGACACGCUGCCGCUCGCGCGCGAGGCCUUCCCGGACCGGAGGGGGCCCGGCUCGCACACGCUCGGGCGGCUGUUUUCGGACGCGACGGGCGGCCCGCUCGGCGGCGCGCACGACGCGCUCGCCGACGCGCGCGCCGUCGCGGAGGUCUGGCCCUGGUUGGUCGCGCGCCGGGGCGAGGCCUGGGACGACCACCUCGCGGCGCUCGCGGCGCCGCGCGCCGCGGCGAAGCCGAAGCGGAAGCGGCGGGCGCCGUCGAAGGCCGCCGCCGCGGGGCCGCCGCCCGAGGACAUCGAGUCGCUGCCGGGCGUCGGGCCCUACCUCGCGAAGCAGCUCCGGGCCCGGGAGAUCGCCGACCGCGUCGCCCUGGAGCAGUUCUACCGCGUCGAGUGCGCGUCGAGCAGCGACGAGGUCUACGCGAGGCUCGCGGCCAUGCUGCCCCGCGUGAACAAGUUCGCGCUCCGCAAGGUCGCCAGGGGCCUCGCCGUCACGCCGCCCCUCGACGUGCCGGGCAACGGCACCGCCGUCGCUUGGCAGGCGCGCUGCGCGGCGAAGCGCGACGAGAUCGAGCGCGACACGCGCAUGCUCGACGAGCGGAAGAAGAACCGCAUCGAGCGGCUCUACCGCGAACUCGAGGCGACGAAUGAGGCCCUGGUGCCCGUCGAGGCGACGACGGCGCGCGCGGAGGGCGACCGGGACCGCGUCGUCGACGGCAAGCUGGACCUGCGGGACCGCAUGAUGCGCGAGCUCGUCAUCCCGCGGAGCGUCGAGCAGUGUCUGGAGACGCGGUCGCUGCGGACGCUCGUAUUGCGGGGCAACCGGCUCCGCGUGCUCGACGCGCGGACGCUCGCGCCGCUCGUGAGCCUCGUGUCCCUCGACGUGAGCCGCAACGAGCUCGAGCGCCUCGGCCCCACGGGCGCCGUGACGGUCCACAGCGACGACGCGGCCCGCUACGCCGCGCACCCGAGCCUCCGGCGCAUCUCGGCGCUGCCGCCGAGCUCGGGCACCGCGCCGGCCGUCGGCGGCUUCCCGCCGGGCCUGGAGACGCUCUGCGCGGCCUACAACCGCAUCGCGCGGCUGAGCUUCGGCCCGGGCGGCGCGCCGCGGCUCUUGAGAGUGUCCGUGGCGCACAACUGCGUGAAAUUCGUCGCCAAGGACGUCGACAAGGCGCCCUUGCUCGAGGAGCUCGACCUGCGGGGCAACCACCUCCCGACGGCCCAGCUCCGCCACCUCGCGCCCCUGCGCCGCGUGAAGCGGCUGCUGCUCGCGGGCAACCCGCUCUCGGACGACCGCCGCCACUCGCACGGCCUCCCCGCGCACCUCCGCGGCGCCCUCAACGCGCCGCGCCUGCCCCGGGCGCCGCCCGUCCCGAGCCGCCCCCCGCCGGAGACGCUCCGGCCCGAGCCCGCGCGGGGCGCGGCGGCCGCGCCGCCGCCGCCGCCGGACGACGACGACGACGACGUCUCCAUGCCGCCGGCGCCCGUCGACGACGAGCGCUUCCGCUCGCGGGAGCCGUCGCCGCCGCCGCCGGACGACGACGACCGCUUCGCGUCCCGCCGGCCGCCAAAUUUCGUCUCCCAGCGGCCGGCGUCUCCCGAACCGGAGUCGCGCGGGCCGCCGUCUGCCGUCGCCCGGGUCCUCCGUUCCGAACCCUCCCCGGCGCCGUCGCGCGCGCGGUCCGAGGCCUCCUCGGCCGCGUCGCGCGCGCGGCCCGCGGCGGCGCGCGCGCCGGCGCGCGGCCGGCCCGAGGCGUCGCCGCGGCCCAGCGUCAGCGACCUGGCGUCGGACGCGCCGGGCUCGCCGCCCGCCUGGGCCGCGUCCGGCGCGGCGGCGCGGCGGCCCGAGCCCGAGGCGCCGUCCGAGCCGGACGCGCGCGCGGCGGCGGCGCCGGCGAACGUGCGCGGCGCCGCGCCGCCGCCGGCGAGCGUUCGGUCCGCGGCGUCGCCGUCCGAGGCACGGGGAUCUUCAAGUAUCCCCUUGUCCGAGGCGGCGUCGAAGCGGUCCGAGAGCCCGACGUCGACGGUGCCGACGCCGCAGUCCGAGCGGAAGCCGACGCUCCGGGAAAACGGCGACGCGUCGAGGCGGUCCGAGAGCCCGACGUCGACGGUGCCGACGCCGCAGUCCGAGCGGAAGCCGACGCUCCGGGAAAACGGCGACGCGUCGAAGCGGUCCGAGAGCCCGACGUCGACGGUGCGGAAGCCGACGCUCCGGGAACGGCUCCAAAAGACCGCGGCCGCGGAGUCCGCGAGCUCCGAGGAGGAGGAGGAGGAGGAGUCCGAGGAGGAGUCCGAAGACGACGACGACGACGAGUCCUCGGGCUCCGGGACGGUCUACUCCGAGGACGGGCCGGACUGGGUCGAGGGCUGGGACUCGAACCACAAGCACGUCUACUACUUCAACGUGCAGACCGAGGAGACGACGUGGACGCGGCCCUUCGGCGAGGAGAUCCGGCCCAUGUCCGCCAAGGACGCGGCGCUCCGCAAGCGCGACCUGCUCAAGUCGACGAACUACGCGGGCCCCCGGAGCCAGUGGGGCCGGACGCCGUCGGGCUCCGAGGCGUCCGAGUCCGGGCGCGAGGACGCGGAUACCGGGCCCCUCGCCCUCGAGAACGCGGCGCUCCGCGAGAUGCUCCGCGAGAGACUGGCGCGGCAGCAGCGCGGCAUCGCGGCUCCCGCGCCGGCGCCGCCGCCCGCGCCCUACGGCGUCCACCCCUACGGCAGCCACUACGCCGCGCCCUACGGCGGCUUCGCGCUCGACCCCUACGGCAACCCCAUGCUCCCCUACGGCUUCACGCCGCCGCCCCAGUUCAUGGCGCCGCCCCGCGGCGCGCCCAUGCACGGCUACCCGGCGCCCUACGGCGGCCCGCCGGCGCCGCCGUCGGAGCCGACGGGCGAGGUCGCGCCGGAGCUCGGGUGGUCCGAGCUCCCGCUCGGCCGGUGGAAACGGACCCAGCUCAAGAAGCUCUGGGCCGACGGCGCCGGCAUCGAGGACUGGGGGCGGUUCCGCGCGGACAACUUCGUCUUGUUCCACGCGUUCUCGCCCGAGGACCUGAAGCGGAAGUACGAGGAGAUGGAGGGGCUCUCAGGCUAG